UUCAAGUAUCCUUUUUUUCUUCAUUGUUAUAUAUUAGUUUCUUUUUUCCAAACGAACUUGUUGUUCGUUAGUUGAUGGUUUAUAAUUCUUGCGAACUGCAAACCCUUUAAAGAGUAGAAUUCAGAUUGUAACACUCAUUGCUUUUUCAUAGUAAAAAUCGCUUGCUUUUAUGUUAAUUAUAGGAUUGACAGGAUCCAUUGCUACUGGGAAGACAACGGUUUCCAAGCAGUUUCAUGAGAAAUACCAUGUUCCGGUAAUUGACGCUGAUAUUCUUGCAAGAAAAGCUGUUGAGCCGGGUACGAAAUGUCUACGGCAAAUUCGAAAAGAAUUUGGCCAACAGGUUAUUCUCCCUGACGGUACACUGAAUCGACCUGAACUAGGCAAGAUUAUUUUUGAGACUCCUUCAAAGCGUAAACUUUUGAAUUCGAUUGUUCAUCCUGCCGUUAGGAAGGCCAUGCUGAAAGACAUACUUUAUUAUUACAUAACUGGCCAUGGCAUGGUCAUACUCGAUAUUCCACUAUUGUUUGAAGCCAAAAUGCACACUAUAUGUUGGAAAACCAUUUGCGUUGCUUCUACGACAGAAAUACAAAAACAGCGAUUGUUGAAGCGAAAUCCUGAAUAUUCUUCUGAAGACGCCGACCGGCGCAUUCAAUCUCAAACACCCAUUCAAGACAAGGAGACCCUUGCUGACUUUGUCAUUGAUAAUAACUCAGAUUUCAACUCUCUUUCUCAAAAUAUUCAUGCAACCUUUGUUAAAAUGCAACCUUCCUCCAUGUGGACCCUAAGCUGCCUUAUAAUACCUGCCUUGCAACUUCUUAUGCAAUUCUAUUAUUAUUAUCGCCAAAUGCAAAAGGCAACGAACCAGAAGAAAAUCCAUUUAACCCAAUAAACAUAGACCAAACCAAACUCGAUCACUAAGAAUUCAACUCCCUUAAACCUGGGUUGUUUCUAGUGCCGAGCGAGCGUGACUUGAUAGGACAUUAGGCGUAAAUAAAAUAUGUAUGCAGCUUCCA